AUGGCGGAUGUUGAGAAAGAGACUAUGAGGAAUUAUCAUUUAGCUUCAGAGAAAAUAGACCCAGGGGCUGGUCGCUUUCCCUAUUGUAUUGUCUGGACCCCGAUUCCCGUGUUAUCAUGGCUGCUACCUUUCAUUGGACACAUGGGUAUUUGCACUUCGACUGGAAUCAUUCGAGACUUUGCCGGGCCAUAUUACGUUUCAGAAGAUAACAUGGCGUUUGGAAAACCGACAAAGUACUGGAUGCUUGAUGUUAGCAAAGUUUAUAGCAGUGGUUCCAAUGCUUGGGACACUGCAGUGCACGAUGCCUCAGAGGAAUACAAGCACAGGAUGCAUAACCUCUGCUGUGACAACUGUCAUUCCCAUGUAGCCAUGGCGCUCAAUUUGAUGCGGUAUGAAAACAGCACCUCAUGGAACAUGGUCAACCUCUGUCUGCUUGCCCUCAUCCGUGGAAAACAUGUCAGUUGUGCAGCUUUUCUAAAAACCUGGCUCCCUUUUCUGGUGCUUGUGGUGUUGGCCGUCACCCUCACUCUGGCGAUUACCCUCAGCUGA